ACGCACAGAUGACAUUUUCAAAAAUGUAAUAUAUAUGCAAUUAAAAUUCUUUUUAUUUCUCGUGGUUCCAAAAACAUUAAGCUGAUUACUUUGGACUGCUCACACCCAUAUUACAAUACAUCCAAUAUGUUAAGUCGGUCAAGCAAAAUGUCGAUAGUUGCAAAGAUGGUGCAAGCUAACUAAAUGUAUACACACUUAGCAGAAAACUACAACCUCGACAAAGUAAGGACAUUCACUUGUCAUCAUACCGACCGGAAUACUUGUGUCAUAAAUCCUUACUCUGUUAAAAAGGUUUACUAAAGAGCAGAAAAACGAAGUGUGAAUUGCUGCAGAGUGAAUAGCUGCACCAUGACUUCUUGUCGUUUAUCUGGAUCUAUGGUGUCGGUAGGUUUAAUAAACAGAUGUAACUUUGCAAAGGCUAAUGCCAUUAGAAAGAAUAUGUUUGACUGAUUUUAAAUCUCUUCUAAUAUCCAAAUUGUUAAGUCAAUUUCGGACAUUUGAUGAAAAUUUUAGUUGUCAGUCAAUAGACAGAUCGACAAAGAUUCAAUCUAUCAGACCAUGCGAAAAAAGAUGAAUCAACUAAAUGAUCUAACAAUGACGGCUGAAAAAGCUGCAAGCGACGGAAACAUGAGACAAUUGUACGAUACAACAAAGAAACUCGCUGGAAAUAGCCGCAAACCAGAACGGCCAGUGAAAAGCAAGGAAGGCAAGGUAAUCACCAACAUUGAAGAACAACGAAACAGGUGGGUAGAACACUUCAAAGAACUCAUGAAACAACCAGCCCCAUUGAACCCACCCAAAAUCGAAGCAGCACCCACGGACCUCCCAAUCGAUGUUGGCCCACCAACAAUUGAAGAAAUAAACUUGGCUAUCAGACAAAUCAAGAGUGGCAAAGCAGCAGGACCAGAAAACAUUCCAGCAGAGGCACUGAAAGCAGACGUAGCGGUAACUGCAAGGAUACUCCACAUUCUCUUCAAUAAGAUUUGGGAUGAGGAACGAGUACCAACAGAUUGGAAAGAAGGACUUCUGAUCAAAGUACCAAAGAAAGGCGAUCUCAGCAAGUGUGAUAACUACAGGGGCAUCACUCUUCUCUCAAUACCGGGAAAAGUCUUCAACAGGGUAUUGUUAAACAUGAUGAAGGAAUCCGUAGACCCCAACUUCGAGACCAACAGGCAGGAUUCCGUAAGCAUCGAUCAUGUACAGACCAAAUCACAACACUACGGAUCAUUGUGGAACAAUCAAUUGAAUGGAAUUCAUCACUCUACAUCAACUUCAUUGACUACGAGAAAGCAUUUGACUCUGUGGAUAGGACAACACUAUGGAGUCUUCUUCAACACUACAGCGUGCCUACGGAAAUAGUCAAUAUCAUACGGAAUUCCUAUGAUGGAUUAAACCGCAAAAUCGUGCAUUGAGGACAAUUAACAGACUUGUUCAAGGUAAAGACCGGUGUCAGGCAAGGCUGCUUACUCUCACCCCUUCUCUUUCUUCUGGUGAUCGACUGAAUCAUAAAAACGUCAACAUCUGAGGGGAAGCAUGGGAUAAAG